ACCUAGGUCUACGCGGCGCGAGCCAACCCAAGCCCUCAGAGAGGAUGGGCGUGACUUGAGGUCCCCUCCCCCUUCGCGGGGAUCACGGUUUGCAGAGGGUUGCUGCCCGCUAGACCAGGCAGUUUUCCCCUUGUCUCUGGGUGGGGCGGGUUCUCAGCGGUGGCACAAUGGAACGCUCCCCGGGAGAGGGCUCCAGCCUCAGCCCCAUGGACCAGCCCACUGCCCCCUCCGACCUCCCUGACCAGCCCCCGGCUGCUUACGCGAAGCCCGACCCGGGUUCUGGGGGCCAACGUGUCGGCCCGGGAGCAGCGGGCGAGGCCCUGGCUGUGCUGACUUCUUUCGGGCGGCGGUUGCUGGUGCUGAUACCGGUGUACCUGGCCGGGGCAGUGGGACUCAGCGUGGGUUUCGUACUCGUCGGCCUCGCCCUCUACCUGGGCUGGCGCCGGGUCCGAGAUGAGAAAGAACGGAGCCUUCGAGUAGCGAGGCAGUUACUGGACGACGAGGAGCAAGUCACAGCGAAAACUCUCUAUAUGAGCCAUCGAGAGCUACCUGCCUGGGUCAGCUUCCCAGAUGUGGAAAAGGCUGAAUGGCUAAAUAAGAUUGUGGCCCAGGUCUGGCCCUUCCUGGGUCAGUAUAUGGAGAAGCUUCUGGCAGAAACUGUGGCCCCAGCUGUUCGGGGAUCUAACCCCCAUCUUCAGACAUUUACAUUUACACGAGUAGAACUGGGUGAAAAGCCUUUGCGCAUCAUAGGAGUCAAGGUUCACCCUGGUCAGCGGAAAGAGCAGAUCUUGCUGGACUUGAACAUCAGCUACGUGGGUGAUGUGCAAAUUGAUGUGGAAGUGAAGAAAUAUUUCUGCAAAGCAGGAGUCAAGGGCAUGCAGGUAGGGCAGAUGUCAGGGGCCCACAUGGGAUAUAAGGAUACCCUGGACAUCAACUGGACAGGGAUGACUAACUUGCUGGAUAUCCCAGGACUUAGCUCACUCUCUGACACCAUGAUCAUGGACUCCAUUGCUGCCUUCCUCGUGUUACCCAACCGAUUAUUGGUGCCCCUUGUGCCUAACCUUCAAGAUGUGGCUCAGUUGCGUUCCCCUCUGCCCAGGGGCAUUAUUCGGAUUCACCUGCUUGCUGCUCGAGGCCUGAGUUCUAAGGACAAAUAUGUGAAGGGCCUAAUUGAGGGCAAGUCAGACCCCUAUGCACUUGUGCGUUUGGGCACCCAGACAUUCUGCAGUCGUGUCAUCGAUGAGGAACUCAACCCCCAAUGGGGAGAGACUUAUGAGGUGAUGGUACAUGAGGUCCCAGGGCAGGAGAUUGAAGUGGAGGUGUUCGACAAGGAUCCAGAUAAAGAUGACUUUCUGGGCAGAGUGAAGCUGGAUGUAGGGAAGGUAUUACAGGCUGGAGUGCUGGAUGAUUGGUUCCCUCUACAAGGCGGGCAAGGUCAAGUUCACUUGAGGCUAGAAUGGCUGUCACUUUUGCCAGAUGCGGAAAAACUUGAGCAGGUUCUACAGUGGAACCGAGGAGUCUCUUCUCGACCGGAGCCACCAUCAGCUGCCAUCUUAGUUGUAUACCUGGAUCGGGCCCAGGAUCUUCCUCUGAAGAAGGGGAAUAAGGAACCCAACCCCAUGAUACAACUGUCAAUUCAGGAUGUGACUCAGGAAAGCAAGACUGUCUACAGCACCAACUGUCCAGUGUGGGAGGAAGCUUUCCGGUUCUUCCUGCAAGACCCUCGCAGCCAGGAACUUGAUAUACAAGUGAAGGAUGACUCGAGGGCCCUGACAUUAGGGGCACUGACCUUGCCUCUGGCUCGCCUGCUGACGGCCCCUGAACUCACCCUGGACCAGUGGUUCCAGCUGAGCAGCUCUGGCCCUAACUCUAGGCUCUACAUGAAACUGGUCAUGAGGAUCUUGUACUUGGAUUCAUCAGGAAUAUGCUUUCCCACUGUGCCUGGUGCUCCUGGUGCUGGAAACCUGGACAGUGAGAGCCCUCAAAUGGGCAGCAGCGUGGAUGCCCCACCUCGACCCUGUCACACCACUCCUGACAGCCACUUUGGGACUGAGAAUGUGCUUCGGAUCCAUGUAUUAGAGGCCCAGGACCUGAUUGCCAAAGACCGUUUUUUAGGGGGAUUGGUGAAGGGCAAGUCAGACCCUUAUGUGAAACUAAAGUUGGCAGGACGGAGCUUCCGGAGCCGUGUUGUCCGGGAAGAUCUUAAUCCCCGCUGGAAUGAGGUUUUUGAGGUGAUUGUUACAUCAAUUCCAGGCCAAGAGCUAGAGGUUGAAGUCUUUGACAAGGACUUGGACAAGGAUGAUUUUCUGGGCAGGUGUAAAGUGAGUCUCACCACAGUAUUAAAUAGUGGCUUCCUUGAUGAGUGGCUGACCCUCGAAGAUGUCCCAUCCGGCCGCCUGCACUUGCGCCUGGAGCGCCUGACCCCUCGUUUCACUGCUGUUGAGUUAGAGGAGGUGCUUCAGGUGAACAGUUUGAUCCAGACUCAGAAGAGCGCAGAGCUAGCAGCGGCCCUACUAUGUGUCUAUCUGGAGCGGGCGGAGGACCUGCCGCUCCGAAAAGGCACCAAGUCUCCCAGUCCUUAUGCUACUCUCAUUGUGGGAGAUACUUCUCAUAAAACCAAGACUAUGUCCCAAACUUCAGCCCCUGUCUGGGAUGAGAGUGCCUCCUUUCUCAUCAGGAAACCACACACCGAGAGCCUGGAGUUGCAGGUUCGGGGUGAGGGGACUGGUAUGCUGGGCUCGUUAGCCCUGCCCCUCUCGGAGCUCCUCACAGCUGAACGGCUCUGUUUGGACCGCUGGUUUACAUUCAACAAUGGUCAAGGGCAGGUGCUGCUGAGAGCACAGCUAGGAAUCCUAGUGUCCCAGCACUCAGGAGUGGAAGCUCAUAGCCACAGCUUUAGCCACAGCUCCUCAUCUCUGAGUGAAGAACCAGAGAUUUGGGGAACACUCCCUCCUAAUACCUCCUCAGCCCCAGAGCUCCGGCAGCGCCUAACACACAGUGACAGCCCCCUUGAAGUUCCAGCUGGGCCUUUAGGCCAGGUGAAACUGACGGUAUGGUACUAUAGUGAAGAACGAAAGCUGGUCAGCAUUGUUCACAGUUGCCGGGCCCUUCGACAAAAUGGACGGGAUCCCCCAGACCCCUAUGUGUCACUGUUACUACUACCAGACAAGAACCGAGGCAGCAAGAGGAAGACUUCACAGAAAAAGAGGACUCUGAGUCCUGAAUUCAAUGAACGGUUUGAGUGGGAUUUGCCCUUGGAUGAGGUCCUUAGGCGAAAGCUGGACGUCUCCAUCAAGUCUAAUUCCUCCUUCAUGUCAAGAGAGCGUGAGCUGCUGGGCAAGGUACAGCUGGACCUAGCAGAGAUGGACCUUUCCCAAGGCGCAGCCCAGUGGUAUGACCUAAUGGAUGACAAGGGCAGCUCCUAGGAGCCAGUGAUUACCAGCCUGGUUCCACCGUGUCAUCUUACCUUGCUGCACACUUGUCACCGCUCAAUGUGAUGAGCCUACAGCUGGGGUCUGGGGGCAGAGCCUGCACCCCCAACCCUUUCACCUUCCAGGCCUAUACCAGGGCCUUUGCCUGACCAAAGAGAAGGACCACAUGUUUCCUUUUACUGCACGGCCUUUAUCCUUCUGGGCUCCUGGGGCAGGGACCUGAGCUGGCUGCUUCCUGCUCUGCCUGCACAUUGUCCUCCCUCCCCACUCCUCAGGGCCUUCUGUACCUGUGCCUGGCCACUGGCAGCACCAGCAGUGGCAUUAGAUUAUGCCAAAUAUCGCUUCUGGAAGCAUCUGUCUUCUUUAAGUGCAUGCUCACCUUCUUCCCUACUUUGAGCAGUCAGGGAGGAUAACCAUGGUGGGGGGGGGUGAGGUCUAAGCUAACCUCUCAAGCUGUGAGCCCAUUGCAUGUAGCAUCUGUACAGCAGCCUGAGCCCCCUUGUCCAGUACUGUCCCCCCUUGCCUCAAGCCUAUCCUGAAAAGUAUACCUGCUGUGAUAGCUGGGGUCAGCCUCUUAAUUCACUCUGGGAAUAGGGGACACCUGAAUUGUACUGAAGCCUCCAAAUAAUGAGAUUCAGUCUUAGAGCCCCUAGUGGGUGAUGUGCAGGGGGCCUUGGAGGACUCAGGACAGCAGGGCCAAUUUUUUUGUCCAAGUGCCUGGGCUGUUAAACUCACUGACUAGAACUGAACCUAGUUUUGCACCAACUCUGCCAAUCCACUGUAUCUUACAUUAAACGUUAUAUUCAAGCCA